AGGGGAAAUCUAUAGCCCCAAUUCUAUACGUCUUACAUUAUUGAGCAUACAAGCGUUUUCCACCACUUACUCUCCACAAAAAGAACAAAGAAAACAUUUUUUCACCACUAAGCUAAGCCAAUAAUUUCAUAACUCACCCACAAAAGGCAAAGUUCACUAGGCCCAAAAUCGUUUGGGUUGAACCUUCCCCAGCCCAUAAUAACAGCCUAAAUCUUCCAUGUUUCACCCCUCAGUGUUUGCCCAAUCGCACCAGACAAUGCCAGCCAUCUUCCAUCGCUUGCUCGCCUCCUCCGCUCUCAAAAGAUCCAAUCUUCUUUCUCGUCCACUCUCCAUCAUAAUCUCCACCUCCACCCACCCCCUCACCCACCCGUCACUCUAUCUCCACCGUUUCAUUUCUUCCUCCCCAACCCAGACCACAGACCCCGACACCCCUUCCUCACCCACAGCCGCCGUGCGAACCCAAACGCGUACUCCACUCGAAACCCAGUUCGAAACAUGGAUCCACAAACUCAAACCCGGCUUCACCCACUGCGACGUCGACGAGGCGUUGCGGGCCCAAUUGGACCCCGAUCUCGCCCUUGACAUCUUCCGCUGGACGGCUCAGCAGCGCGGUUACAGACACAACCAUGACACCUAUCUGACCAUGAUCAAACUCCUCGCUUCCGGCAAGCGUUAUCGCCAAGCGGAGACCCUUAUCGAGGAGGUAUUCGCUGGAGCCUGCGAAAUCAACGUCCCUCUCUACAACUACAUGAUUAGAUUCUGCUGCGGCCGCAAGUUCAUGUUCAACCGUGCUUUUGACAUUUACAAGAAAAUGUUGGGGUCUGAUCACUGUAAGCCAACUCUUGAGACCUACACUUUGCUGUUGAACUCGUUGCUUAGAAGGUUUAAUAAGUUGACUGUGUGUUAUGUGUAUCUCCACGCGGUUAGGUCGUUAACCAAGCAAAUGAAAUCCUUAGGGAUUAUACCGGAUACUUUGGUGUUGAAUAUGAUAAUUAAGGCUUAUGCUAAGUGUCUAGAGCUUGAUGAAGCUAUUAGGGUUUUCCGUGAGAUGGGUUUAUAUGGAUGUGAGCCAAAUGCAUAUAGUUAUGGUUAUAUCAUGAAGGGAUUGUGUGAAAAGGGGAGAGUAGGGCAGGGUUUAGGGUUUUACAAGGAAAUGAAGAAAAAAGGAUUGGUGGCGCCUAGUAGUUGUUACAUGAUUUUGAUAUGUAGUCUUGCAAUGGAGAGGAGAUUUGAGGAUGCAAUUGAGGCUGUGUCUGAUAUGUUGGGUAAUUCUAUGGCUCCGGAUUUGCUGACAUACAAGACGUUGUUAGAAGGAUUAUGCAGGGAAGGGAAGGGGAAUGAUGCUCUUGCCUUUCUUGAGGAAUGGAGGAAGAGGGAUGUCAUGAUGGGUCAGAAGAAUUACAAGAUUUUGUUGAAUGAGUUGCAUUUUCUAAACAGGGAGUAGUGGCUCUUCAGCCACAGGAGAAAUGUUAGAACAGUGAUACAAUGAUGACCGAGUCAGUAGAAACCGACAAAGUUCAAGAGUUUGUGGGUGAACUUAUGACUGAUGGAACCCAUACUAGGUGGUUCUUGAGGUCUUCCACUAACGACUUCAUUCCAUGCUUCCAGCUCUUCUAACUCAUUUUGGUAUGUUUUGAAAACUUGGGUUUUACGGAAUUCUCUCUCUGCUUAGGUCAUCAUCUGGGAUUUUUGUGGGAAGCACAAAACUAGAAACAUGAUGUGCUGAAAUAAUAGAUGACUCAAUCGAGCAGAACUUGUUUUGGUGAACGACACAUCUUAUACGGCUCAAAAUUCCAAACCGUGUCUGAAAUUGUUGGAGACAUUGGUAGCCUGGUAAAGGUUGGAGGAGUCUUGCAAUUUUUUUCUUCUACUACCCAAGCUUAAGUGUUUAAGAUAUGAAAGAUCUUGCUGGAUAUAUGACUUUAAGAUGCAGAUUGGUAUGUAUGUAUUCAAAGAUCAAACCUUUGUCUUUGUAUUUUCAGACCCAAAAUUCUUUGCAAAUAAAGAGUAAGUUCUCGAAAUGAGUUGGCUUGUUCCAACAAAAUUCUUGGAAGAUCUAUCUCAUGUUUGGUAAUACAUGGUACAACUCUGUGAGGACUUGAAGGUCAUUCUUUUCGUCGUUAAUGAUUAAUCUCAUAUGAA